AUGUGCACAAGGAAGGAAGACCUCUUUAUCUCAUUCUACUCUUCAAAGUCUCAUGUAUCUACUUCCUCAUCCACACCACCUAAGCAUGUUCACUUUGGGCCUACCACUACUAUUGCAUCAUCUUCUAGUGAUCGUAUGGGAAGCAAUACGGUGGAAGACCGGGGGAGAAAUAAGGUGGAAGACUCUUCUAAGGGCAAGCCUCAUGCUAAAAAUUCGAAGUCUACAUCAAAUGGGAGAAAUAAGGCGGAAGAUUCUCAUAUGACUAGUGGAGGUCCUAAGGAUAGGAGUACUUCGGUUUAUUCUUCACUAGGGGAGGCCAUGUUGGCUAUGGAUCCUAGUGGGACCGUGAGCACCCUUAAGGGUCCCAUGAGUAACUUGAAAUUUACCCCACCAUUAGUUUUCUCUCAAGACCUGAUUUUGCUAUAUCCUAAUGUGAAGAGGAUGCAAGACCUCAAGAAGAAAAAAGAGCGUCAAAAUGUGGAGUUCAUGGAAUUGUUCAAGAAGGUGAAUAUUAAUAUUCCACUUUUGAAUGCCAUUAAGCAAGUACCCGCAUAUGCCAAGUACUUGAAGGAAUUGUGCACAAACAAGAGAAGGUUUAAAGAUGAUGAGAACGUUUAUCUUAGAGAGGAGGCCUCAUCCAUAAUUCAACGAAGGCUGCCUCCUAAACUUGGAGAUCCCGGAUGCUUUACUGUCCCUUGUACCAUUGGAUUGAGAAAUUUUGAUAAGGCACUUCUAGAUCUUGGAGCGAGUAUCAACCUUAUGCCUUAUGAAGUCUACAAAACACUUGCUUUGAAGGAUAUUAAACCGGUCAAGAUUAGAUUGCAAAUGGCGGACCGAAGUGUGGUUUACCCAAGAGGAGUGGUAGAUGAUGUCUUGGUGAAAAUUGAUGAAAUAUUGGUACCCGCCGACUUUGUGGUUUUGGAUAUGGAGCCUUUGCAUAGUGAUAGUGAGGAGCUUCCCAUUAUUUUGGGGCGAGCAUUCAUGGCAACCGCAGGCACCAAGAUUGAUGUUCAAAAGGGAAUCUUAACUAUGACUGUGUUUGACAAGACUAUUGGGUUUUGA